AUGCUGCGACUCGUAGCCGUCCAACUGGGCGUUGAACUUGGUGUGCAGCACGUCCCACCAUCCAGGCCACGUCUUGGCCGUGCAUCUUCUUUCCUGGAUAACAACAGGCUCUUUACAGAACCCGGCCAACAAAGAGAAACUCAUGGCAACUCUGUGGUCGUCGUAUGGGUAAACACCCGGAAGUUGAGGAACUUGCAGAUUGUUGUGGUCAAUACCGUAGAUGGUGAUACCAUCCUCGAGCUCCUCGGCCUUCACGCCAAACUUGGCGAGCUGGACACGCAUGGCCUCAAUACGGUUGCACUCCUUCACACGCUGGUUGGCAAUACCGACGAUCGACGUCGACUUCGAGUCGUUGGCAAUAGCUGCAACCACAGACGCCGUCAAGAAUGCAUCGGUCAUUGGCUCCAUAUCAAUCAGAGGAAGAGACUUCAAGCCACCAACUGGGGGUCCUUGUACGGUGGUGGAAGUCUCUGUUUGAGUAACAGUGCAUCCCAUUGGUCUGAGCACGUCGGUAGCAAACCGCGAGUCUCCUUGCAACGAAGAAGAUCCAAUGUUAGGAAUCGUGCACUUGGUUCCGUUCAUAGCAGCAAAUGCAAGCGGAUAAGUGGCAGACGAGGCAUCGCUCUCAAUAACGUACUCGGCAGGGUUAACGUAAUGGGCCUUUGGAAUAUGGUAGGUGUGCUCCUCGGUCGUGGAUUUGGUCACGUGAACGCCGAACGCGCUCAUCAUUCUGAUGGUCAUGUCGAUGUACAACUGAGAAAUUGGCUUACCUCCCACCAACGACAAGGUGACAGGCUCAUCGGCGUAGGGAGCGCAAAUCAAAAUAGACGAGACAUAUUGGGACGAAAUAGUGGCCUCAAGCUCGAUUCUUCCUCCCUUGAGUCCCUUACCACACUGAAUCUUCAACGGAAGAGAACCAACAUUGUUCUGAUACUGGAUGUUGGAUCCGUUGGCCUUCAAAGCGUCCACAAGAGGACCGAUUGGUCUCUUUUGCAUCCAGCUGUUUCCUGUGAGAAUGACACUGGUGAGAUCUCCAUUAACACCAACCAAGGAUGCAACAGAAGUCAAGAACCGCGAGGCUGUUCCUGCAUUUCCAAGGUAAACCUCCUCCUCACAAGCAACAAGGUUACCACCGUUUCCGUUCAAAACAAGGGUUUCUCCCUUGUCCUCCCAAGAAACCUCGGCAGCUUUCAAUGCAGUCAUCGCGGUCAGCAUGUGAGCAGUGUCAUCGGAAUGAAGCAAGUUCUUGAUACGGCAAACACCUUUACCCAAGGCAGCCAUCACCAAAGCACGGUUAGAGAUAGAUUUGGAUCCCGGUGGAGUGACUACCACCUCGGAAGGAGCAGCAGUGAAAGGUUUCACGAAAAUGUCGUCGGUCAAAAUGACUCUAAGAUCCUCGUCGUUGACAUAAGAUGCCUUUGGCUCGUAGCACUCUCCAAUGCUCUUCAACAACACAACCUUCUUCUUGGAACCGUCGUUCUUCUUGUCCACAGCCAUCUUCUUCAGCAAAAGAUCAACAGGACACUUCUUGCCGUUGAUUCUGGACUGCACAAUUUUAUCCUCUAA